AUGAGAUAUCCUGUCCAAUCUCAAUUUGUACCACCGAUACCGGAAACAAACGAACAUAGCACAACAAAGAUGAUCGUUAUUAUUGUUGUCGUUGUUGUUGGAUCAUUUCUGUUUCUUGGUACAUUGGCCAUUGCACUUGGUCUCGGUCUAGGCUUUGGCCUUAAAGAUCCACCCAGCACAGCUGCACCAAAAAUUCUUUCAGCACUUCUAUCAUGCGAUCGAUCGACAGGUCAACGUGAAUGUUCAUCAAGUAUUCCCACAACUUUACCAUCAAUGACUAAAAUGCCCGUUACAACUACACUUCUCCCUAAUGCAACAAAAAUCACAACUACACUUCUCCCUAAUGCAACAAAAAUCACAACUACACUGUCCACUUAUGCAACAACGUAUGCAACGAAAACUACAAGUAUCACUACAGCUAUACUUUCGACCAUUGUAACAUCGCCAUCAUCAUCAUCAACAACAACAACAACAACAACAACAACAACGAAGACGACGACGACAAUGACAACGACAACAACAACUGAAACUAUAAUUACAACUGCGUCAAAACCCACCACUUGGCCAUUUAUCGUUGCUGUCUAUCUGCGAAAUCAAAAGCUUUGUACUGGUUUCCUUCUCACCAAUCGACACGUCAUUACAUCCGCUACUUGUGUUUACAAUCUCCAUGAAAGUUCAUUAAGUAUCCACUUUGGUAGUGAUUCGUUGUCCAAAGGCAGUGAUGUGCUCAAACGUAGCAUUCUUAGCGUUGCCUAUCCACGAACUUAUCGAAAAGGCCGAACAGUAGACGAUAUUGCUGUUUUGACACUUGCCAGCAAUGUAACUUUGAGUCUAUCAGUUAGUCUCUGUCCAAUUGCGAAAAAUCUGUCAAUUCCACAAAUGAACGAUAAUAGUGUUGUUGUUGGAUGGAAUAACGAUAUCGCUGUUUCUGAAAAGAUCCAAAAAGCUGAAGUUAAAGUCGAAAAUCUAUCAACAUGCGAACUGCCGACAACAACCGAAGGUCAAUUCUGUGGUAGAUAUACAGCUAUGGAUAUAUGUGACACCGAUCGUGGCAGUCCUUUGCUUCUACAAGAAACAAAAGAUAAAUGGACGUGUGCUGGUAUUGCAAUUGGCAAUAGAUCCAAAUGCAGAUCGGCCGGAAUUUAUACUCGAAUCAGCUAUUAUGAUACAUUUAUUACGAAUUCUAUAGAACGAUAA